AUGCUUAUUUUCUCCCUCAUCACAGUUACAUACAGUUCGAGUUUUUGCUACAUCCAGCACAAGCAGGACUGGAUUAUUCUGCAAGAGAGCUGCUUUGAGUCUUGGAAUGGAAUCAAUGUCACUGAGGAGAAAAAAGCACUGAUAGGAAUGAAGGACGGCUUUAUCAUCGGCCAAGUAAAGGAAGGUCCUUAUCCAAAAGACACAGAAAGUCCUUGCGACUUUCACUCAGAAAAUGAAGCGUCUGGCUCGCCCGGAGAAUAUGUCAUCUUUUGCGAAGAAAAUUCAAAGAAACAAAAUUGCGACGAGCUGAAAACUGAGCUAGAAUCAUGUAACGCGAGAAAAUUUGUCUGCAAAGAAGUUGAUAAUUCUGAACAGUCAGAAUUCAACUGCCCAAGAUGGACAGAGUGGAAUCAGUGGUCGGAUUGUAUUGCUCAACAUCCCUGCUCGCCUAAUCGAACAAGGUACGAGAGGAAACAGCUGAGAGAAUGCACUCACAACGAUGACUGUAUGAUCGAUUGUAUUGGCUCAAACGAGAAAACGGAAGAUUGCUUAUACGAUGCAUGUCCUGAUUGGAGCGAGUGGGCAUCAUGGAGCGACUGCAUCCAAAUCCCGAGUUCUUUCGCUGACACUGAUCUUUCGGAAAACUGCCCGCCGAAGUUCAGAUUGAGGGAGAAGCGAAGAUGUCCAGAAUCGGAGCAAUUUUGCUCGCUGAUAGAAGAGGAGCCCUGUGCCUGCCACUUAGAGAGUGAAAGAGAGGGAGAAAGACUUGAAAUGAAUGGAAAUCAAGGAGGAGUACCGAGGGAGAAGAAAAAGAUUGAAGGACUUAGUUCUGCGUCAAUGGUUGCUCUUUCGUGUGUCGUUGUUCUGACUCUUGUCGUCAUGGUCCUGAUCGUCGUCCUCAUCAAAUACAGACGAAAUCAAGAAGAUAGUUAA